UCUUUGAAAAAAAAAGAAAUUACGGGAGGAAAGACGGUAAUCAGUCAUUUGUAGACUCUAAAGAAAAAGACACUUCUGAGAAACUAUCCUAGCGGAGGCCAUGGUGACUGGUCCAGGCUGUGCCACUUCAGACCAAUGUCAGGGUCAGGGGCACAGGCAGCAGUGGUCAUGGGGUGGCCUCCGAGGAUCCAGGCAGUUGGGACAGGUUGGAGGCGGUGAUCCGAAGGAGGGAAGCAACAGGGGGAGGAGGUGUCUGUCCACCGCGGCCUCGUUGCAUUCCAGAGGGACCCGGGAAUGUGUGAGGUGCCGUGCUGUGACAGUGGCCUUCAGCGGGAGGCUGGUGGGGGUGAGCGUCAGCCCCAUGCUCUCCGUGUACGCGGUCCCCCUCUGCAUACCAGCUGAGUGGAGCUACGUGCUAGCUGCUGGCGGGGGAGGGGCGACAUCCACGUGGCUUCCAAACCGGGAGAGACCGCCUGUAUGCAGCAUAGAACCGGGGUGUCUUACUGCCGUCUGAUUCUCGAGAACUGAGACUCUGGAUAAGCGUACAAAAGCGCCACGGGAGCAGGGACUUCUGUCUGACCCCCAGAUCCUGCUCCCCAACUCCAGCGGAGCACGGGGGUCCCGUCGGUCCGUCGGUGCUGCUCUGAGCGACUGUCUGCCUUUGUUCCCAGAGGAGCACAUGUACUUGAAGAUCAACAAGUUCCUGCUGUCACACGAGUACUUGAAUAUGAAUAAAGUUCCGGGCUUCUACCAGUUCUUCUACAGCUCAGACUCUGAGCAAAAGACAGAACGGGAGUGGGUGUUCGGGCUCCUGCGGCAGGGGAUGCGGGACAAGCACUGCUACGAGCUCUGUGCCCGGCGAGGCGUCUUCCACAUCAUCCUGUCCUUCUUCAGCAGCCCACUGUGUGACGGCGAGACACAGAAUUGGAUUCUGGAAAUUCUACAGAACGCUGCCCGGGAUGCCCAGUCUGCCUAUGAGAUCCUCCGGGACUAUAGCCUUUUAACGUGGAUUUUGCACAUCCUUGAGAGCAAGUUUCUGGAGACCCAGCUGCUGUCCAACAUCAUCUCCUUGCUACACACACUGUGGGUGACCAACCUGGGGGACAAAGGAGUGGCGUCGGAGGGCCAGCCUUCCUGCCAGCCAGGGUCCCAGGAGCCUCCGAAGCUGCUCGCCCUGCACUUGGUCAGUGAGUUCCUGUAUGCUCUUGUUGCGCUCACGAGGCACCUGAGGCCGACCUUGGCCUCUGCCCAGCUGACCGGCUUCUUUGAAGCGCUCGACUCCGUGCUCAAGUACCGGGCCACCGUCAUGCAGGCCUUCAAGGACAUGAACCGCUUCACCGUGAACGAGACGGUGCUGUCCACCAACGAUGUCCUCAUCCUCCUGCACAAAUGGAGCCUCCUUGAGAGAGACGCUAAGCUCCAGGAGGACCUGAGAGCGGCCAUUGAGAGAUACCAAGUCAAGGAGCUACAGAAGAUGCUCAAGGACAAGAACAAGCCUGUCGUGCCAGCCCGAGCCAGAGGCCCGCGGGCCCGGAGGAGGAGGCCUGGGGAGGCAGAGGAGACGGCCGAGCCCGAGCAGCCCGCGGCCACCUUGCAGACAUGCAGGGGCUUCCUGAGGUCCAUACUGACCCACUGGGGGCCAGCGCUCCCCGGCCCCGAACAGGCUCAGGAGCCCGCGACCGGGGCCAGCCCUGAGAGCCGUGCGCCGGGCCUCGCGUGCGCCACCGCGUCCCUGGCGGUCAGCUGGGUGCUGCGGUCGGUGGCGGGGCACCCGCCGAGCAGGGCAGAGGCCGCGGGACUUCUUGGCUGGCUGCAGCGCCACGUUUUGCCACAGCCAGUGGUGGUGACUGAGCUGCUCCGGGACGGCGCCGUGAGGGGUAGUCUCUUCCGGCUCUACAGCCGGUUCUGCGGCGCCCAGGAGCUGGUGGGGCCUGCGCACAGUGUCGCCUGCCUGUUCGGCGCCGUCCUGCUGCAGCUGGUGGCGGCCCAGGGCCCGGCGCCGAGCCCCUGCCACCUGGCGGUCCAGAGCCUCUUUCUCUCGGCUCUGCAGGAGGACGACGAAGCCACUCGAGCCACCGCAGCGUUCCUGGUGUCUCUGUACGUUAAGGACGUCUGGCUGGGGGCUCAGCGGCCGGACACCCUCCUAACCCAUGUCCGAAUGAUCUGUGACACCGCAGAGGACACGCCAAGUGGUGACGAGGAGGCCAUCGUCAUCCUCUGUAAGAACAUCGCCGCCUCAGUCCCCGACGCCUGACGCCCUGCCAUCUGACGCCUUGCCAUCUGACGCCUUCUGGCCCCAGGUUCUAGAAGUUUGGUUGAGUCAAGGGUUUCCCUGCAAGCCUUGUAUGAUGACGAGUUCUGUCUGUGUCAACUCCGUUUCCUGACGAGCGAAGUUGACUUAUUUAAUUCACCAGUAGGUACUAAGCUCAAGGGACUGUGUGCACACAGCGUAAUCGGAGCUGCAGUGGGCGUGGGGCCUUCCGGGCCACAAGCAGGCUCAGUGGUCAGGUAGGUAAGCCCCGCCUCCCAGCUUCGUCGCUCUUCAGAGAAUAUACCUCAAGUCGAGGUAACACUUCUGAGCACUUAAGGGAUUAUGUGCAUAUUAAAGCUAAAAUGUCCAAGAACGUAAUAAGUCAGAUAAAGAGUGUGAAGAGAGAUGUUUCAACUUUUCUUUCCAUGAGAAGUCUUAACAAAGCUUUGUAUAACUUUUUGAGUGAAUGAGCUCCUGCCGGUGUUAAUUAUUUUACUAUGUAAAUUCCUACAGUAUAAAAUUGAUUUGGUCUCUGCUUUGGAAAGAAAGCCUGUAUUUUUUUUUUUAAUUGUUUCAAAGGGGGGGGAUUUGGGAUUUUAUAACUUGUUAAUAAAUGUCUAUUUUUGUUAGG